AUGAAUUUGAAGAAAGUCAAUAUCUCAGAGAUUGUUGCUACAGAAGUUGAUAUUCUAGGAGAAGAUGAGAUACCAAAGGCCAUCGGAGCGUGGCAAUGGAAGGAUUUCGGGAAAGGUACGAGUAUACAUGAGAGGUAUCAAUCCCGUCAUGAAGGUAGAUUACCUCCCCUAGGUCAUCCUGUGAGAGAAGCGUUCAAGGUUGCCCAACAAGAAGAAUGGGACGAAGAAAACUUCCGACGGGUGAAAGAUAAAUUUAGAAAAGCGGGUAAAUGGUUCUUGGACCUGUUGGAGGGGAAUGAUGUAGAUGAAGGCAGUUCUUUAUAUGUCGAACUCACUGCUUUGGAAUGGCUUCCAACUUAUCGCGAACAAAAGCUAAAUGAUAUAUCCAUCCCUCUUGGCAGACGUACCAAACCCCUUGGACCAUACGUUCCAGCAAGUGUAGGUGGAUGUCCUCAUCUUGUCAUCCCCAUAAGACAAGUCCCAUUCCAUAGUCUAUUAUCUCAGCGGAUGGAAAUGCAAACUAUCUGUGCUAGUUUGGUAGGACCCCCGGGAACCGACUUGAGUAUAAUUGGUGUGAUGUUACGGUUGAAAGAGGAAGGAGUGAUCAAGGCCGUCCAGACUGGUGGCGAGGCUUUCAAGCACCAAGGAGCUGCGCUGCUGGACGAGAAUGCAGCUACGUGA